AUGAGUGACAGCAGUGACAGUGAAUCGUCAUCCACUCCACCUAAAAAGGGAGGAUGGACUGCAAAGAAAAAAGGUGAGACACGUUUUGAACAUCAUGCCCAAAAAUUUCGGGAUGAGUGGUUAAAACAUCCGAUGUUUAGAGACUGGUUAGAGCCAGACCCAAAAGAUUCAAAUAAAGCGAAGUGUGCAUUCUGUCCAGCAAGUUCCUUGGUUGCUGAAAUAACAAAUCUGAAAUCUCAUGCCGAAUCGAAAAAACAUUUGAAAAACAAACCUGGUUCGUCCCAAAAGUUGACUUCAUUUGGUUUCAAGAUGGGCGCAACUCCAAAAAACAAACAAAAGGAUCGUGCAGAAAUAAAACUAGCUGGGUUUUUUGCAGCACAUAAUAUUGCUUUUUCUGUUGCUGACCAUUUAACGGAUCUACUUAAAGACAUUUUUCCAGAUUCAAAAUUAGUUCAAGAAAUUGAACUUAAGCGCACAAAAGUUACAGCUGUGGUAAAAAAUGCAAUUGGAGAGGGUCAUAAAGCAGACUUAGCGAAGAAAUUGACGACCACCAAGUUUUCUGCGCUUACUGAUGAAACUACUGACGUAUCAAAAAUUAAGACAGCUUGUGUGGUUGUUCGCUAUUUUGACAAUGAUGCUCAAAAAAUCUGCAGCGUGUUCUGGGAACUGUAUAAGAUUUUUAAAGAGACGGGCACCGAUGACGUUCCUACAGCGAACGCUGGAAAUAUAUACAGAGCGCUGAUGGAUUCAUUUAAUAACCGUAACAUCCCACUAACAAAUAUGAUUGGUUUUGGAUCUGAUGGAUGCAAUGUUAUGAUGGGCGACAGAGAUCCAGUCAAAACUCGUUUAUUGCGAGAUUUACCAGGGAUAACAAUUUCAAAAUGUGUUUGUCAUUCAGCCCACUUAAGUGCAAGCCAGGCUUGUAAAGAUAUUCCAGAAUCUGUAGAACAGCUUGCUCGUGACAUAUAUAACUUCUUCAAAAACAGUGACAAGCGACAGUUUGAUUAUCGCAAAUUGCAAUCAUUUGUUGAAGUUGACCCACACAAAAUAUUAAAACCGUCUCAAACAAGAUGGCUUUCGCUGGCUGCAGUAGUCGGAAGAAUCCUGGAGCAAUGGGAAGCUUUGCGCUUAUUUUUUAUUGAUUUUACGGCGAACCCAAUUCAUAAAGUAAUAGCUGAGGUGAAAAAUCAUGCAGUAUCAAUUUUAGAAAAACUGUGUGAUCCUUUCCACAAGUUAUACUUCUGUUUUUUGGAAUGGUUAUUGCCUUUGUUCACGCAAUUCAAUCUAGAAUUCCAAAGUGAAAAAGUUGUUAUUGUUGUUGUUGUUGUAUGCACGAUAAAAUUCGAGAUCUAUACUAAGAAAUUCUUCUACGUUACUUAAAACGAGAGUACGUCAUGCAGCCGAAUAUAACUCAAGUAGACCCUAAAAAUGAGCAAUUCAUGUUAAAUGAAGCUGCAAUGUAUCUCGGCAUUAAAGUUUAUGAAAUGCUAAAACACCCUGACGUAGUUAGGCAACCCCUGAAGAAAACAAUGUUCUUCACAAACUGCAGAAAUUUCCUCAGGACUGGUGCAUUGGAAAUAAAAAAACAUUACGACAUGGAAGAUCCCGUUUUUUCCAAACUCCAAGCUCUCGGACCAGCAUCAGCUCUCUCCAACGAUUUCAGAGAACACGUCCCAACAUUGAUGCCUCUGAUGGAAGUCGUGCCACGUAUAAUUGCAUCGUUUGAUGACACUAAAAAACAACAAAUAGAUGAUCAGUGGAGAAGAUAACCGAUUGCAAAAGCCCGCCAUCCUGCAGAGCUUAAAAAUACCACAGAGCCAAAUCGCCCAAAACUCAUCAGUUUUGGGCGAUGUUACAAAGAACAGAAGAUUUCUUCGAGUUGGCCAGUUUUGCCCUCGCAGUCUUGGCUUUGCCUCAUGCAAAUGCAGACUGUGAGCGGGUAUUUAGUAAGACUAACCUAAUAAAAACAGAUUUAAGAAAUCUUAUCACAGAUACAGUAAAUGGUACACUUUUAGCUUCCGAAAGCGCUUUAGGCCCAAAUCGCAAAGGUAAUUGCGUAAAUUUCGAACCAUCAAAAGAAAUGUACGCCAGAAUGACAGCUGAAAAGCUAUACUCUAAAAAUAAAGAUGAUUUUACUAACAUCCCUGAUGUCGAAUAUAAUUAAUAAAAAAUAUGAUUUUUAAUUGUUUUGUUUGAAUUUAACAGCCCCAAGCGCAAAGAAUAUGACUACACAAGUUACAUAGUACGGUAAAUAGCAUAAAAUCC